AUGGUCGGUACCGUAAUCCUCCUGUCACUGCUGUCUUCUUUAGUGACAUGCUCUGGGGAAGGAAACAUCCGCAUACUGGAAGAUGAAAUAGCCGUGGCCCUGAGAGCAUGCACAUACCCAAACGAUAAUACAAACCAAAAAGAAGUAAACAAAAAACGCCAACGACGCUCGGAAAACUUGGACGAUGUAUCACCAAAAAUAGAUGACAACACGAAACAAUUCAAUCACUACAACCAAGAGAAACGUAAUAGUGAUAGACGUGAUCAGAUACAUGUAUUGCACGCUACAGACUAUAAUAACGAGGGAUAUGGCAGCGGGAAUGUGGGGGAGAGACUGUUGACGUCCGUCCCGAAGUCAGCCAUCAGUGGCAGUGGCAAUGGACAUAGGAGUGCGGCCAACACUGAUAAGACAAAAAGGAGCGACCCAUUGCUUAAUACAGCUGAUACGGAUCAGGUAUAA